AUGUUUCCAGCAAACGGUUCUCAAGAACCAAGUGAGGAUGUCAGAAUCUUGGGCUACGACCCAUUGGUCUCUCCAGCUUUGUUACAGGUUCAAGUACCAGCCACUGAAGUAUCUUUGGAGACCGCUAAGAGAGGUAGAAAAGAAGCUGGUGAGAUCAUCGCCGGCAGAGAUGACAGGGUCCUGGUCAUUGUUGGACCUUGUUCUAUCCACGAUUUGGAUGCAGCCCAGGAAUAUGCCGCUAGGUUAAAGAAACUAUCUGAUGAAUUGAAAGGUGAACUGUGUAUUAUCAUGAGAGCUUACCUGGAAAAACCAAGAACUACUGUUGGCUGGAAGGGUUUAAUCAAUGAUCCAGAUGUUAACAACAGUUACAACAUUAACAAAGGUCUGCAGUCCGCCAGGCAAUUGUUUGUCAAUUUGACUAGUACUGGUGUGCCAAUUGGUUCCGAAAUGUUGGACACCAUCUCUCCUCAAUACUUGGCCGAUCUAUUGUCCUUCGGUGCCAUCGGUGCCAGAACUACUGAGUCCCAACUCCAUAGAGAACUAGCAUCUGGUCUAUCAUUCCCAGUCGGUUUCAAGAACGGUACCGAUGGUACUUUGGGUGUUGCUGUCGACGCUGUUCAAGCUGCUUCGCAUUCUCACCACUUUAUGGGUGUCACCAAGCAUGGUGUCGCAGCUAUCACUACUACCAAAGGUAACGAAAAGUGUUUCGUUAUUCUAAGAGGUGGUAAGAAAGGUACCAACUACGAUGCCAAGUCCGUCGCUGAAGCCAAGGCCCAACUACCCGCUGGUUCAAACGGUUUGAUGAUCGACUACUCUCACGGUAACUCCAACAAAGAUUUCAGAAACCAACCAAAAGUAAACGAUGCCGUUUGUGAACAAAUUUCUAACGGUGAAAAGGCCAUUGUUGGUGUCAUGAUCGAAUCUAACAUCAACGAAGGUGCUCAAAAGAUCCCACCAGAGGGUAAAGCCGGUUUGAAGUACGGUGUGUCCAUCACUGAUGCCUGUAUAAGUUGGGAAACCACAGUCGAUGUCUUGACUAAGCUAGCUGCUGCUGUCAGACAGAGAAGAGAACACUACAAAUGA